AUGUACAACCCUGUUCAGCGGCCUGCUCGCUGCCUACAAGUCCCACUCAACACCUCGCAGAAACAUCAUCAUCACCAUCACCCCUUGACGCGGUUCACCACCCACCCGACGCGGUCGCGUAGUGCACCAGACAAUGAGCGCGUCCACAUGUCCCCCAACGCGCCUGACACAUCGACGAGCCCGGGCGAGGUAGCAUUCGCCGACGACGCCGACCGCUUCGUCCCGAAACCCCUGAUCGACGACCUGCUGCGCACGCGCUACUGCAUCCCCGGAUCUGUCUUUCUCGUCGAGGACAUCGAGUCGCUCCCUGUGCCGCGCUCGAGACGAUGGAGGGCCGUGAGGCUGAUGCUUGGGGAUGGCGAGUUGUGUAUACAGGCGCUCCUCCGCGGGGAGAUGCAUCGCUUCCUCGAUACGGGCGCUGUGAGGGUCGGGUGCUACGUACGGUUGGAGGAGUUCACCGUCCGCUUCCAGGACGUCGCCGGCGAUCACCUUCCCUCUGGACGGAUGCGGCAGAUGGUCUACUUGGUCGUCCAUGAUCUGGUCACUGUUGGAUGGCACACGUCACUCACAACCCCAGACGUGUAUCCCCAAAGAGCGCAGGAGCCCGCGGCAGAUGACGAUUUCAUCUCGGAUAGCGACGUGGAUGUUGCCAACGCGGAAGCAGUCAAACUUCCUACGCGGACACGAGAUCCGAAACCGCAGAACCCACCACCCUCGACGCCGAGGCCGCAACCACGAGAUAAUCACUCGAUGGAUGAACAGAACGAGGAAGCCGACGAUGCCGAAGAAGGAUUCGAGGUUAUGCAAGUGUCGGAAACCAAGGCGACGCAGAGGAGAGCCGAGGCGAAGAGCAUGCCAGCAGCUGGUGUCGCCCUCCCGCGAGACUGGACAGACCCGAGCAUCCCGCUGAAAUUGACGCCUCUACGAUCCAUCCCGAACCUACCAUACAAACAGAAUUGGUCCGUCAACGUCCUGGCCGUCGUGACGUCCCUCUCCGACGUCGAGCCAUCCCAUAUGCCUCCGCAUAACCAAAGGACGGCGCGGCUUGCUGAUCCCAGCACCGGCAAGCAGGUCAUCCUAACGGUCUUUCUCGACGCGGAGGAGUUCAGACCUAGGGUUGGUAGCGUCGUGCUCCUCGUCGGAGUCAAGAACCAUCGAUUCGACGGCGGCUGCUUGAAGAAGUACGUCAGCGAUAGGCCCAAGCCGGGACGCCGCUGGUGGUUCGAGGAGCCCCGGCAGUUCGAUUGGUGCGACGUAGAGGGCAUGGAGCAGUGGUGGCGGCAGCAGUCACAACAACAAGGGACGACCUUUGGCAACGCAUGACUCGGAGGGCACACACUUGCCACACGCAAACAACAUCAAACGACACGUACAUGAGUCUCAAGAACGGCAACGAGUCUUGGUAUUGGUUUCAUGCUACAAUCUAGCGUUCGUUGUUGCACUGCAUGGAACUUGCGAGCCCAAUACUCCUCUCACCUCAGGCUAUGCUCAAUUUGAGGCACAUGCCAGAGGAGGAAACGCCUCUUCAUCCUGUCUAGUUCAACCCCCACGCGCCUAGAACGUUCCGUCCACCCCCGUUUGUCCCCUUGCCGCUCUGCAUCUCCAGCCGCUUGACCCGGUUCACGAGCAGCCCCACGCAGAUUGGGCCGAUGAUUGUGCAGAGCGUAAUGGCCCACGUCACCAUCAGGAAUAGCUCGGAGGGCUGAUUGGGGGCACCCGUCCCGCCGCUGAAGAUGCCAGUGCUCUCGGCCAAGGCUGAGAUCAAGUAUCCGAUUUCACCGCGAGCGACCAUGGCGAAGCCGAGAAUGCAGGCCGGGUACACGGAGACAGGCAUCUCUGGCUCCGGAGAUGCGUUCUUCGGGGUGUUCGCGGCUUGCGGAGGAUUGAAAGGCUGGAGAGGCACCUCGCUGGCCUGACCGUCCUCCUGCUGGUGUUGCUGGUGAUCUCGCUGUGGCCUCGUCUCGCCGCUAUUAGGGGACGCAUCCGUCCCGGUACCCGCGCACUGCGCUCCAGGAGCAAGCUUCUUGGACUGUUUCUUGCUCGCGCCAGAUAUCUUCGCGGCAACCCGCUGCACCGUUUGAAGGGGGCUUGCAAAGGACAACAGCCACAGCCCGCAAAGCAUCUUGCUCACCAUCAUCAGGAUGGUGUAAACGACUCCACGCCACACAAUGGGGCCGGAGAACAUUCUCGUUAUUGGGACGGAGAAGCCGAUGGAUGCCUGAGAAAGUCAGCCCGAUUGUCGAUACAUCGAAAUAGAAAAACAACUCACGAAGAAGAAUGGCUUUAAAACAUGUUCAACGGCCUUGCUGUAGUAAUGCUCGUAGAUGUUGACGCCCGAGUUGUACGUCUCUGGCUCGCGAACAUCAGGAGCCGUCGCCGUCGCCGCUGCCGCUGCCGAUGCAACAGCAGCACUUGCCUCUAUUGACGAGCCGGUCCUGACGGCCUUUUGAUUGGGCGUAGUCGACGAGGACCCUACUGCAGAUGCCACUGUCAUGCUGCGGGCGCGAGCUGCGAGAUGAGGCACCUCGCUAUCCCACCAGCUGAUGGUCGCGCCUGCGACGUAGGCUGCAAGUAGGCUCGAGGUACCAGCGAACGUCCCUCCGACCACGAGGCCAAAUAGCCAACACGUGUGGAGGACGAGCGCAGUCUGCCGCAGACGCAAGAUGUCAUCCAGUUUCGAGCCGGGGCUCUUCUCACGCAUCGCAUUCAACCGGAGCGUCAACGGUCCUACGAUGAACUUGCACGCCGCCGGCACCAGCGUCGCGAAGCCCAACGAGACGAGGACCGGCCGGACCACGGUGACGGCGUUGAACCCGCCGCUGCCGCCGCCGCCUAGGUUCGAGACGAUCUGGACCAUGAUCAAGCCGAUGACGUCGUCCAUCAUGGCGGCGCUCGUCAAGACGACGCCCAUGCGCGUUGUCGUGAGGCCGCUGGUGCCGAGGACCGUGAAGGUCGUGCCCAGGCUGGUCGAGCAGAGGGCGGCGCCGGCGGCGAAGGCCUGCAGCGGGGAUGCGCCGACCAUGGAGCCGAGGGUGAAGGACAAGCCCAUGGGUACGGCGAUGCCGGUAAUGGCGACGCCGAUGGACAGGAGGAGGUUCGCCUUGAGAGACCUGAACGAGGUAGAGAGGCCACCUGCAAAACGCUUGUUAGUCGUCGAAUUCAGCAUCGUAGGGGAUGCACAGAAACGUCUGAUUGGCUUCUCUCACCUUCAAAGACGAUCAGUAUCAAGCCGAGAUAGCCGAGCUGCAUGAUCGACUGCUCCAUCUCCUGGGGCAGCCAUUUGGCGCCGGGAGUGCCCCAGGCGAUACCAAGGAAGACCUGGCCGAUGAGGCCGCAGUAGACAAGCUUGUCGAGGGCGAAGUUGACGCCGUUGAGCAGCAGCAGGAAGCCCGAGAGGAUGAUGAUUGUGGUGAUGGAAGGCUCAUGGUAGGCCAGCGAGGAUUCGGAUAUCGCCAUUGUGAUCGACUGGGGGACGUGCCCUCGAGAAAAAAUUGAAUUCUGAUGAAGGAGUUUAACAAGAGAGGUCUGCUGCCGGUCCCUUGGGGUUAGACAUAUAUCCAGCAAUACGAGGGCCGAUGUUGAUCCAUCGCAAAGUCAUGUGAAGGGUGAAAAACGUUGCAGCU